GUGCUUGCGCUCACGCUCUCCUACCCCAUUCAAACCAUCCCAACCCCUGCCCUAUACUAUAUAUACGAAGACACUCUCGAUACCGUUUCACUUCUCAACGUUACCACCGCGUCGGACUCUCUACAUUUCCAAGAUCGUAUCUGCUUCGACAAACAGGACUCGCAACGAUUCCUCGCUUAUUCUUUCGCCCCUAUUUUACUUGAAAAUUCGAUAAAAUGUCGAUCAAAUUCUACGCAAAAUCACUCUUGCUAUUUAUUAUUGUUGGCCUUGUUGUUGGUGCUGAAAAUUACAUGGAUUACGAAGAUGAAGUAGCAGAAAAAACGCCAGUUGAAAAUAUUCACGAGCUUUAUAGAAUUCUGAUGCAACGUAGCGCUUUAGAGAAUGCCGGACUUGGCGAGACUCCACUAGAACAUUUGAUGAUCCGUAAAUCUCAACGAUCGCCUUCGUUACGUUUACGUUUUGGACGUUCGGAUCCUCGUUCGUCGGAAUUCUACCAAAACCUAUAAACGUUAUUUCAUCGAGAUUCGACAACAAGUGAACACGGAUACGAAUAAGAUUCUUCGGUUUCUCUUACCAUAUAUAUAUGUACAACGUACAUCUAAUUUUAUUGUAACAUUACGCGAUCUGCUAGAAAAUAGAAAUUAUUUUUAUUCUUCUUCUUUUAUUCUUUUUAAACACGAUGAGAACUAAAAAAAUUAUCCAUAAUUAAGAUAUUUUCCAUACCAAAUAUUAUAUUUUUGAUGUAAAGUAAAUUUUUGCUUUGAUUGUAAGCAGUAUAAAAAUAUAAUAGACGGUGUAGUGUUUGAAAGGAAAAUCGACAUUUAAAAUUACCAAUAAAAGGUACACAAGAGAAAUUUA